AUGUCAGCAAACUACUACCAGGUGGCGACGCCUAAGUCUCCCCAUGAUUUACUGAACUCUGAAGAUGAUCAAAACAAUCAUGAGAUUCGCGGUGGUGAAGGUGUUCUUUCAUCCACCCUCGAUAACAACAACUCAUCACCAUCACGACUUAACAGCGGGCUGUUAAGAUCUGCUGGGGAUAGUGAAGAUGCGGAAAGAUUAAAGUACGAAGUUGCGAAGAGUGAGCUACUCGAUAAGCUUAACUUACAAAUAGCUAUGAAUCACAAACAAAUCGAAAAUAUAAAAAAAGAACUGAAGAAAACAGAUGGGAGAAUGACACUACUUAAUAGUUUACAUGACGACGAGAAACUGAAAGAUAAAAUAGAAGAAUACACUAAGGCAAAAUGUGAGCAGGCAAAGAGAGAGUUAGAAAUGGAGAAGGCCCGUCAAAGCAUGGGCUACAAUAUGGAUACAUCUUCACUUUCCUACGUACCAGGCUCUCGGCCUUCGAUAUCUGCGGGAAGUAGCACUAGUGGUCACCAUUACCACACAAGGAGUAAAAGCAACAGCCAUUUGCUUGAGUUCUCCAAUUUAAGACCGCUUGAUUCAAAUCUACCGAACCAGACCUCAAGGCUACCAUCUAAAGGUCUUCAAGAUAACACGUCAGGCAAAGAUAUCAUUCCUGGUGGUAACGCAAACUUUUCAUUUACAACCACUUUCAACCCGACGCAACUAUAUGCACAUCAUAAAAGAAACUACAGUAGUACAUGCCUGACUAGCAACAGUGGCGUGGUUGGCAAAAACGAGAACAAUGAGGCUAUAUUUCGCAGAUAUGAUGGUAUCUUAAUUAUUAUCAAAUGUUCUUUUUGUGAUAGGUCAGGUUUUACUUCUGCACAAGGUAUUGUUAACCACUGCCGGCUAAAACACUCCAAGACGUAUAAUAGUCAGCCAUUGGCUGUUCUAAACAACCAAACUCUAUUACCAGAAGAGAAACAAGAUGCAGAUGUUUUAAAUGAGUUUAAAAAACAAAAAGUAGAUCCAGCUAAAGAAUAUUUGCCUUCAAUUAAAAACUCAAUCCUAAACCCAGAAAAAAGAACUCCAAGCCCAAAACAAAAUAAUCAACAAAAACAUGUCACAAUUGACAGUAUAGAUCCAAAGCACACUAAGCAUCUUGAAAAGCUCUAUUCAGGUCGCAAUAACGACUUCAAAGAUUUAAUUGAUAUGGUAAAGGAGGCACCGAAGGAUUUACAGGUAGUACUUGAUGUAUCUUCAGAUCCAGAUGACGAAGAUGAGGAGGACACAGAAAGUAAUGGUUUAGAUUUAGACAUUCCGUCAGCCGAAAGAAGUGAGGAUGAAAAAUCGUAUACGCCUUCCAAUGCUUCCGAUCAGGGAUCAAGCCCAAAUUCCAUAGUUACCCCAAAUGAGGCCAACUUCCCAAAGAGUCCGGUUGACGAGCAACCCCGUAGAAACUUAAGGAAGAGAAAGGAUAUGGGCGAGGAUGAGGAGUCUGAGAAGUUAUUCACAAGACGUGUAUUGAGGGAAAGGUUAAGACCUGCUGAGAAAAAGGCUCGUGUUGAUGUCAUAGCACUGACGGAGCUCCCACCUGAGGAGAAAAGAUCCUCACAUUACAAUUUAAGAGCUAAGUCCAAGCUACGCAGCUCUUCAGGUAGUCUUGACCUCGAGUAA